AUGGCCUUGAGAGUUCCCAUCCCCCAAUUCUCUCUCACCCUCCACCUCAUCAACCCCUCCACCGCCGCGUCCGGGGAGCUCCACGAGGCCAUCGCCACCCUCCGCGACCUCAACUUCGCUCUCGAGGGCGCCCAGUACGGCCGUUUCUGGUCCUCGCUCAACGGCGAUGAUCUCUGCGCGGAUCUCAUUGCCGACGUCAACGGAUUCGAGGAUAUCAUCAGGCACCGCAUCGCCCACCUUGUCUCUCAGGCGUUCAGGGAGGUCAGCCUGUCCAACCUUGAGGCGUGGCUCGGCCUAAACACCGAGGCCACGAAGAAGUUUGUCACCGAGUCGGUCGGCUGGACGAUUGAGGGCGAGAAUGUCAAGGUCCCCAGCAACCCUGACAACGAGGCCCAGAAGGCUGAGAUUAGGGAAGACGUCAACGUGGACAUGUUCUCGAAGGUGAUCAAGAGGUCAUGGGAAGAUGCCCUGACAGCUCAGGCCACCAACUAA